UCCCGUGCUGAGCAGCGACGCCGGCGGAAGCAGCAGCAGGAGGGAGAAGCAGGAGAAGCAGCAGCAGGAGAAGCAGCAGCAGCAGGAGAAGCACCAGCAGGAGAAGCAGGAGAGGGAGAAGCAGCAGAGGGAGGGAGAAGCAGCAGCAGCACCAGCAGGAGAAGCAGCAGCAGGAGAAGCAGGAGAGGGAGAAGCAGGAGAAGCAGCAGCAGGAGAAGCAGCAGCAGGAGAAGCAGCAGGAGAGGAGAAGCAGCAGGAGAAGCAGCAGCAGGAGAAGCAGCAGCAGGAGAAGCAGCAGCAGGAGAAGCAGCAGCAGGAGAAGCAGCAGCAGGAGAAGCAGCAGCAGGAGAAGCAGCAGCAUCAGAGAAGCAGGAGAAGCAGCAGCAGGAGAGAGGGAGAAGCAACAGCAGGAGGAGAAUCAGCAGGAGGAUAAGCAGGAGAGAGAGAGAGAAGCAGCCGAAGCAGCAGCAGCAGGAGAGAGAGAGAGGGAUAAGCAGCAGCAGAGAGAAGCAGGAGGAGAGAGAAGCAGCAGCAGAGAGGGAGAAGCGGCACGAUAAGCAUCAGCAGAGAGAAGCAGCAGAGGGAGAAGCAGCAGGAGAGAGAGGAGAAGCAGGUGAAGCAGCAGAGAGAGAAGCAGGAGAGAGAGAAUCAGGAGUAGGCAGUGAAGAGAGCUCAUUCGCAGGGGUUUGCGGAGAAGGGGGGGGGGGGAGAAGCAGGAAGAGAAUCAGCAGCAGCAGCAGAGGGGAUUAGAAGCAGGCGCCCGGCAAAGAACGAGCAGAGAGACGUGAGAAGCGGCAGCAUCAUCAUCGUUGUUAGUACGCAGACUCUGGGGGGUGCAGAAGCGAGAUAAGAGUGAUGUGGUGAAGCAGUGGUGGUGGUGGUGGGUCGAGACGCAGGUGAAGCAGUGGUGGUGAGCAGAGACGCAGGUGAAGCAGUGGUGGUGGUGGGUAGAGAGGCAGGUGAAGCAGUGGUGGUGAGCAGAGACGCAGGUGAAGCAGUGGUGGUGGUGGGUAGAGAGGCAGGUGAAGCAGUGGUGGUGGUGGUGGGUAGAGAGGCAGGUGGAAGGGAAGAAGAAGCGUGGGGAGCCGACGUCGCAAGAGAGUCCCGGAGCCAUGAUCGUGUCCGUGAAGCUGUUGCAGGGAGGGGAGUGCUCCCUUGAGGUCUCGGAGUCGGACCUGGUGUCACGGCUGAAGGAGCUGGUGGAGCGUGAGCUCAAGGUCCCCUCCGAGCAGCAAAGGCUGCUCUUCAAGGGAAAGCCGCUGAUGGACGAGCUGCAGCUGAGCGACUACAGCAUUCCCCACAACGCGCGCCUCAACCUGGUGCUCAAGGCAACCGAGCGGGGGGCCGUCGCCCCCACCCUGGCCCCCGAGUCGCCCACGGCCGCGGCUCCGGCGGAGGGCGACUCCACUUUCUGGGAGCUGCUGCCGCUCAUCCUCGCCAAGCAUUUCUCCCCGUCCGACGCACACAAGGUCCUGCAGCAGUUCAAGAAGGACUACGACUGGACCCUCAAGAGCCUGAGCUUGGACGACGUGGAGAGGAUAGCGACGCAUCUGCUGCACGCAGACACGCCCGCCACUGCAUGCGCAGGGUCGGCUGAGUGAGGCCCGCGCCGUGGCAGCCAUCGGAACGCACGGCCUCGUGCCAUGCGAGUGAUUGAGCGAGCGGCGUCGAAAGAGGAGGGAGCGAGACGUCGCAGCGCUCAUCUGCUCUUCCACUCGCUUGCCCCCUUGCUCAUCAAGAACCGAGUCGGCAGCCACACAGAUCACGGCUGUUCGGGAUGGGACUCAAGAUGCAGAGUUUAUUAAAAUGUGUUAUAACAUACUCUUUAGUCACCCGGGAAAGCCUUGUUGAGUAUCAUGGCUCUUGCAGGAGGGUUUUGCUUGGGAAUUUCAGCCAAUAUCUGAUUUGAUUUGAGUGUUUAUGCAUUCAAACUUAAUUUGGAGCUUUCGUGACUGCAGGAAUUAUUCUUUGGUUCUUUCGGUAAAGUCACGUAUAAAGAUAAAAUAAUAAAUAAAAUACUAGCAUACGACGUUUCGAUUGCAACACAAGCAAUCAUCAUCAGGUAUAAAUGAAAUAGAAACACAAAUCUAGUAUACUUAGAAAUGUAAUGUACACAACAGAGAGUCGGAUAACAUGUUUAUGCGUUGCGAGAGGAAAACCCACACCUAGGAGAAAAUGAGCAAACCCUGCAUAAAUAAGGUAGCACCGUACUUCCUGUACUGCUUAGAAUAUUAUGAUUGUAACAGCCACGACAUGGGUCUGUUUUUAUCAACACCCCAGUACUGUUACAAGACUGAGAAAAGUUGUAUUCCUCUAGCCCCUUUUGAAAUGGUUGGGUUGAGAGAAAAUGGCGAGCACACACGGGGAGGCAUGUUGAAUCAUUUGCACAUCGCAUGGUGCUAGUGACACAUUGAACUCGGUGAAGUGGAUUUUUCUAAAAGCCACGGUGCACUUGACUGAACAGGCGGUAGUUCGACCAACAGAUGAUUUUUACCCCUGAUUAAGGUUGCUUCUUUUUUCCAAAACAUGGGUCCAUAGCCCUUGGACUGAAACACGGAUCACUUGCAUUCAUUGCAUUUCACAAGCGUCUCCAAUGCUGCAAACUGCAAUGUCUAAAUGCACACACUCAGAUGCUGCUGGUUUUUUGUAGGUCUCUAGCAAUGGGAUGUUUUACAGGUCUGUGGAUAACACGCACGCUCCUUGUGAACAUAUCUGCAUUACAAAAUGUACUGUCUAUCUUGUUUUUAUUUUAAAACUGUUCAUUGAAAUAAAUUUGAAGGGUUUAAAAUUCUGUUUUAUCUCCUGACAUGGUGAUUGCCUUGCAUGUUGAUUGAAGGCAUGAACAAUAUCAGAAUUCUAAUAACCCCGGAACCAGCAUAAUAAAGUUGAAAGUUUGUAAUUGAA